AUGUUUUUAGUACUCUUUGAAGUUCAUCCGUCAGCAGCUGAAAAGUCUCACUAUCUUGACAUUGGCAAAACACUUAGGCCGGAACUGGUCAAAAUUGACGGCUUCAUCGAUAACAUUCGGUACGGCUCUUUGACCCAGCCUGGCUGGGUUCUAUCGCUCUCGACUUGGAGAGAUGAGAAGUCGCUAGUUAGGUGGCGAAUCAAGGGUCUACAUCAUGACGCCCAAGAGAAGGGUAGAAAUGAAGUCUUCUUAGACUAUCGACUAAGAAUCUGCGAGGUUACGGCAGAUACACACGUACCAAACAGACACAAGGUCCAAGAGCAGCGGCUGGACAUUACGCGCGCAGGCGACGCAGAGGCAACUGUACUUAUCAGUAUGGACAAGACGGGAUUAGAAAACCCCACGAAGGAAGAGGCCCUGGAACGUCUUCAUUUGGAGUUGGGCAAUGUGAAAGGCCUCGUGUCUUGGGAUGCGUUCAAUGCUGUUUUAGAUCCUGGUGAUGUUAUCGCCUAUCUGUCAUUCACAACUGCCGAUGCUGCAGUCGAUUUUCUCGAAACGCGGGAGGGCCAGAAGGAUAUCAGACACCGGGGAGCAAGAGUUAUUCGAGACUACGGAAUGUAUAGACGCGACGAAGCUCCGCAGUACUAUCCGGAGGUAGAACGAAGAGAAUAA